UCGACGCCAGCCAGUCAACGACACAUUUUUAAAAAAAGAAACACGAACAAUACGAGUUUAAGUCGAACGCGGGAGGAGCCUGAUUUCGAAAUUUUCAACUUGCAAAAUAGUCGCCACAAAUUAUUAGUUUACGCGUAAUGUAAUUUAAUUAUUAAAUAUCGUUAAUUAUUCAGUCAACGUCCGGCAAACCGUCCGUCAGUAAUACUUUGAAGAAAGUAUACGCGAGGUUAUUAAUUAACGAUCGGGCAUGAAACGAUAAAUUAUCGCGCGAUUCCGAAAGUGAAAAUUUUUCGAAAACAAAUGGAACGCGUCGUUCGGCAAACUCAUACCCGCACUCAUUAAAAUGUAGUAGCGCGAAAGACAAAAAAGUAGGAGUUAACGCACCCGUCCGUUUUGGAUUUUAUCCCAAUUGACUUUACGAAAUCAAACGAAAUGAAUAACGUUAGCAGCGAAAAAGUGCUAACAAUGGUUCUCGAGAGGAACAUUCGGACCCUUGCCAACGGAGUUCAUUCGCCAGUGAUUGGAAAUAAGAGCACACCGAUCCAAAAUCCAAAUCAAGGCAUCGCCACCCUAUUGGUUAUGAUAGCAGUAUUGACAAUUAUUAUUCUGUUUUGUUGCUUCUCGGCACCUGGAAUACGAUCGUUAUGUAAACGGUACAUAUUCAGGACGUGUCCGUAUGACGAUCCGAAUCUGGAUAACGGUAGCACACAAGUCCCAGAGUCCACAACGCCAACAGUAAUACUCCUUCCUUAUGGUCGAAUGCUAGUAGUCGAUAGAAGUGUCUUCAAUCAACUCCAAGUCGAUCACACGGGAAUCGAUUUUAUGGAAUUAAGUGCCGAUUUAAUCCGAGCAGAAAGCGGGCAGUACCGAAUCACGAACAGUACGCCCAGCGUUUUCAUUGACUCUGACAAUACGAGCAAAGGCAUGUCUCCAACAUCUUUGGGUUUUUCUCCUCCGGCGUACGAAGAUAUUUUCGGAAAAAAAGCACUCGACUUACCCCCAUCCUAUAGUGAAGUAAGCAUUAUACUUAAAAAUCAACAAAUCGAGGAGUGUAUUGAAAUGAGUGAAUUGAAUACGUGUCGGGAAGAAGGAAGGACUAAAUCUUCGGUCAGUGACGAUAUCAAUCGAGUCAGUGAGAAUAGCUUUAAUAACAUGCAAAGAUCGUUUAGCAUGUAGGAGUAAAAGCUAUUAAAGGUAAUCUUAUGAAUCCUGAUUGCUGUUAAAUUUUCUCGAGUUUUAAAAUGCGUCAAGUUUGAAAUCGAAAGCAACGAAAAGACAAAAAUUAGAUUUUAAAAUCACCUAGGUGAAAUUAAUUCGUGAAAAGUGAUAGGGUAAAUUUACUCGUAUUGCUUAUCGCUACCUGUACUGUUGUUAAAUUAUUAUACAAUUUUAACUAA